UGCCCCCAGCAGCAGGUGCAGCAGCGGCAGGCGGCCAACCUGCGCGAGCGGAGGCGGAUGCAGAGCAUCAACGACGCGUUCGAAGGGCUGCGCGCCCACAUCCCCACCCUGCCCUACGAGAAGCGGCUGUCCAAGGUGGACACGCUGAAGUUGGCCAUCGGCUACAUCAACUUCCUGAGCGAGUUGGUGGCGUCGGACCGUGCGGGGGCGGCAGGAGGCGUCGGCGGCGGCGGCGGGGGUGGACUCGGGGGUGGCGGCUUGCGCGGCGUGGGCCACGGCCCGCUGCGCGAUCAGCCCAAGAAGGUCAUCCUCAGGGGAGGCUUCGGCUGCCCGUUCACGGCGCAUUCACUAUCGUGGUCGAGCAGCCGGUCGGAGCGCACGCCCACCGCCGCCGGGCUGAUGUUCGCAAAGGUGUGGACUCCAGAGGACCCCAGGGCUGCCAGCAAGGCCGCCUCGGCUGUGCCAGCCGGCGACGCCCCCACGCCGGCGCCGCAGCGCUUCUGACACCAGGUCGCGGUUUCACACAUCCUCUGACUGAAUUACGGAGUGAAUCCUCGCGUCGCUGUGCAGUGUGGACUUGUGUCACAAAUGGCUGGGAGAUCACUGCAGAGACUGAAAGAAGUGGCAGAUUGGACACGCCAUCGGCAGUGUCGUUCACGGCCGUUGAUUCAGCUCAAGUUAGCCCUGUGAGGGACAGUGCGCAUGCUGUUUCGGUAUACCGUCAUCAUAAAUUGUUCAGCUCUCUGAGUAAUGGAAGGGAUGUA